ACGUACGCUAUUCAACCUGCAUACUGGGAUUUUUCUCUUCUAGUUUUCUCUCGGCUCAUCAAAGACUCUUUCUCAUGGCUGGUCAUAUGGAAACAAUGGAGUAUGAAGAUGGCUUGAAAAUUUUGGAGGAACUGACCACCAACGCUCAUCAAAUACAAGAAAGAGUGUUAGAGGAUAUAUUAAAACGAAAUGCAGGAACAGAAUAUCUAAGGGGCUUCCUAAAUGGCCAAGCUGACAAGCAACUCUUCAAAAGAAAUGUUCCCAUUGUGACUUAUGAAGAUCUCAAGCCUUACAUCGAUCGUAUUGCCAAUGGGGAGCCUUCAGAUAUCCUUUUAGCUGAUCCCAUCACCCAGUUCUUCCUGAGCACUGGUACUUCAGGAGGGCAACCAAAGUUGAUACCUUCAACUGCAGAAAGUUUUGAGCAAAGGAUGUUAGAACCUACCCUGGAGGACCUUGUGAUGAAAAAACAUUUUGAUGGCUUAGACAAAGGGAAAACGAUGUGCCUUUUCUUUGUCAAACCAGAGAUUGAAACUCCAUCUGGACUAAUGGCAAAAUUUUUUACAACAAGCUACUUUCAGAGCAAUAGCUUCAAAAAUGGUAGUGCUAAAAUUUGCACAAGUCCUAUUGACACGAUCCUGUGCUUGGACAACAAGCAAAGCAUGUAUUGCCAAUUACUUAUAGGUUUAUUACAGCGUGAUGACGUUGUAAGGAUUGAGUCGAUCUUCGCAUCUGUUUUUGCAAGGAGCAUCAAGUUUUUGAUAGACUACUGGAAGGACCUGUGCUCUAACAUACGAACAGGUUGCCUUAGCGAUUGGAUUACUGACCCUGGUUGCAAAAAUGCCGUGUCAUUAAUCCUCACUGGGCCUAAUCCCGAAUUGGCUGAUUCAAUAGAACAUAUAUGUGAUCAUAAAUCAUGGGAAGGGAUAAUUAAGAAACUUUGGCCUAAUGCAAAGCAUAUUAGUUCCAUCAUUACAGGUAGUAUGAGCCAAUAUAUUUCAUUGCUUGAGUCUUAUUGUGGUGGGAUUCCUUUAGUUUCACCAUUGUACGCUUCUUCUGAAGCUACUUUUGGGAUCAAUUUAAAACCCUUAAGCAAGCCCUUUGAUGUCUCGUACACCUUUCUCUCGAAUAUGGCCUACUUCGAAUUUCUUCCAGUGAAUAAAGCCAGUAGAGAAAAGGCACAAGAACUUCAAUUUAACAAUACCGUUUCUGAAAAAGCUUCCAUUGAGAUGACAAAGGAGAAUGGAAAUGUUGAACCUGUUGAUCUCACGAAUGUGAAGAUAGGUCAAUGCUAUGAAGUUGUUGUCACAACUAUGGCAGGCCUAUAUCGAUACAAAGUUGGAGAUAUUCUCAAGGCAACUGGUUUCUACAAUAAUACACCUCAAUUCCAAUUUGUGGAACGCCAAAAUGUUGUUUUGAGUAUUGAUUUGGACAAAACAAGUGAAGCAGACCUUUUGAAGGCGAUCACAAAUGCAAAACUAUUCCUAGAUCCACUUGGCUUUGUUUUGACCCUUUGCAGUAGCUACACCGACACUUCUUCGACACCAGGUCGAUAUGUAUUAUUUUGGGAACUUAGGAUGAAGGAAAGUAAUGAUUUCCCAAAACUUGAUCCCAGGAUAAUGGAACAAUGCUGCUCUAUAGUGGAAAAAUCUUUCGAUUUCACAUAUAAAUCCCUUAGGAAGAGCAAUAUAAUUGCUCCUUUACAGAUACGGAUGGUAAAACAUGGAACCUUUGAUGCACUCAUGGAUUUCUAUGUAUCCAAGGGAGCUUCCAUUAACCAAUACAAGACACCUUCUUGUAUUGAAUCUGAGGAAGCCAUCAAGAUAUUGAAUGCCGGCGUAAUAGGAAAGUUUUUCAGCCCAAAAACUAGUUUUUAAGGUGCAACCUUUCCUAUGUUGGUCUGCAAUUUAUUUGAAGAAUCAGCUGUUGUGGAGGUAAUUCUGCAAGGUGAAAAUGGUUGUUGUCUUUAAUCUUCAUGAUCUUAGUAGUUUACAAGAAAUAAAUAAGGAAAUGGCAGGUGCAUCUGCCAUAUUUAUUUGAGAGCUAGCUAUAGCUUCUCUUAGUUCCUUGCAGUAGCAUUAUUGACUAGUUAUCUGCUUUAGCUUCCUUUGUUCAUCAAGUCCAGCAUUUGAAUGUACCAGAGCUUCACUGUUAACAAAUGGAUGUCAUUGUUCCUACUCUUUUUAUUGUCUAUUUGUGCAAUGCCAAAUGAAUUCUUGUUGA